AUGGUGUCAAAAAGAAGUGUACCUUCAAGACACCAUUCUUGCAGUACCUAUGAAGUCAUGUUUGCAGUUCUCUUUGCCAUUCUGGUGGUCGUCUGUGCUGGAUUAAUUGCAAUAUCCUGGCUGGCAAUCAACAGUUCAGAAGAAGAUGCAGUAUCUGGAAAUAAUCAUGAAGCCAGAGGGACAUUGAAAAUAACUUCCGGAGCUACAUAUAAUGUUAAUUUGCAAGACAGCCUCUCAGCGGAUUUCAAAGUUCUUGCUUUUGACCUUCAGCAAAUGAUAGAUGAGAUCUUUCAAUCAAGUAAUCUGCAAAAUGAAUAUAAAAACUCACAAGUUUUACAAUUUGAAAAUGGCAGCAUUAUAGUCAUAUUUGACCUUUUCUUUGCCCAGUGGGUGUCAGAUGAAAAUAUAAAAGAAGAACUGAUUCAAGGCAUUGAAGCAAAUAAAUCCAGCCAACUAGUCACUUUCCAUAUUGAUUUGAACAGCAUCGAGAUCACAGACAAGCUAACAACCAGCAGCCCUCUGGCAAAUUCAGGAAAUGUCUCAGUAGAGUGCCCGUCUGGUUCAAAGCUUUGCGCUGAUGCUCUAACGUGUAUAGCAACUGAUUUGUUCUGUGAUGGAGAAUUGAACUGUCCAGAUGGUUCUGAUGAAGACAAUAAAACCUGUGCCACAGCUUGUGAUGGGAGAUUUUUGUUGACUGGAUCUUCUGGGUCCUUCCAGGCUGCCAAUUAUCCAAAGUCUUCUACAUCGAGUGUUGUUUGCCAGUGGAUUAUAAGUGUAAACCAAGGGCUUUCCGUUCAACUGAGCUUCGAUUCUUUUAAUACAUAUUACACAGAUGUAUUAAAUAUUUAUGAAGGUGUGGGUUCAAGCAAGAUUUUAAGAGCUUCUGUCUGGGAAACCGAUCCUGGCAUAAUUAGGAUUUUUUCCAACCAAGUUACUGCCACCUUUCUUAUAGAAUCUGAUGAAAAUGAUUAUAUUGGUUUUAAUGCAACAUACAUUGCAUUUAACAGCACAGAGCUUAACAAUUAUGAAAAAAUUAACUGUAAUUUUGAAGAUGGUUUUUGUUUCUGGGUCCAGGAUCUAAAUGAUGAUAACGAAUGGGAAAGGGUUCAGGGAAGCACCUUUCCUCCUUUCACUGGACCGGAUUUUGACCACACUUUUGGCAAUGUUUCAGGAUUUUACAUUUCCACCCCAACUGGACCAGGAGGGAGACAAGAAAGAGUAGGACUUUUAAGUCUCCCUUUAGACCCCCCUUUAGAACCAGUCUGCCUUAGUUUCUGGUAUUACAUGUAUGGUGAUAAUGUCUAUAAAUUAAGCAUUAAUAUCAGCAAUGACCAAACGGAGAAGAUAAUUUUCCAAAGGGAAGGAAAUUAUGGAGAAAGUUGGAAUUACGGACAAGUAACAUUAAAUGAAACCGUGGAAUUUAAGCUUGCUUUUAAUGGUUUUAAGAACCCGUACCUGAGCGAUAUUGCAUUGGAUGACAUUAGCCUAACGUCUGGAAUUUGCAAUGUGAGUUUUUAUCCAGAACCAACUUUGAUCCCAACUCCUACAUCAGAACUUCCUACGGACUGUGGAGGACCUUUUGAACUGUGGGAGCCAAAUACUACAUUCACUUCUCCGAACUUUCCAAACAACUACCCUAAUCAGGCUUCCUGUGUUUGGAUUUUAAAUGCACAAGAUGGAAAGAAUAUACAACUCCAUUUUCAAGAAUUUGACUUGGAAAAUAUUGCAGAUGUAGUUGAAAUGAGAGAUGGUGAAGGAGAUGAUUCCUUGUUCUUAGCUGUGUACACAGGGCCUGGUCCAGUGAACGACGUCUUCUCAACCACCAACAAAAUGACCGUGCUUUUCAUCACUGACGAACUGUUGACAAAACAGGGAUUUAGAGCGAACUUCACUACUGGCUAUCACUUGGGGAUUCCAGAACCCUGCGAAGAAGACAAUUUUCAGUGUAAGGAUGGAGAGUGUGUUCCACUGGUGAAUCUCUGUGACGGUCUUCCACACUGUAAAGAUGGCUCAGAUGAAGCAUAUUGUGUGCGUCUUGUCAAUGGCACAGUGAGCAACACUGGUUUGGUGCAGUUCAGAAUCCAGAGCGUGUGGCAUGUAGCCUGUGCUGAGAACUGGACCACCCAGAUUUCAAAUGAUGUUUGUCAGCUGCUGGGAUUAGGGAAUGCAAACUCAUCAGUGCCAAUCUUCUCUACUGAUGGUGGACCAUUUGUCAAAUUAAACACAGCACCUAAUGGCAGCUUAAUACUAACACCAAGUCAACAGUGCUUAGAGGACUCACUGGUUCUAUUACAAUGUAACCCAAAAUCAUGUGGGAAAAAACUGGUGGCGCAAGAAUUCAGCCCAAGGAUUGUAGGAGGAAACAAUACCAAAGAAGGAGCCUGGCCCUGGGUCGUUGCUCUGUAUUACAACAACCAGCUGCUCUGUGGCGCUUCUCUUGUUGGCAGCGACUGGCUGGUGUCUGCCGCCCACUGCGUGUAUGGGAGAAAUCUAGAGCCCUCUAAGUGGAAAGCAGUCCUAGGCCUGCAUAUGACAUCGAAUCUGACUUCUUCUCAUGUAGUAACCCGGUUGAUAGAUCAAAUUGUCAUAAACCCACAUUACAAUAAACGGAGAAAAGACAGUGACAUCGCCAUGAUGCACCUUGAAUUUAAAGUGAAUUACACAGAUUAUAUACAACCUAUUUGUUUACCAGAAGAAAAUCAAGUUUUUCCUCCAGGGAGAGUUUGUACUAUUGCUGGCUGGGGGACGGUUGCAUAUCAAGGUUCUACUGCAGACAUAUUGCAAGAAGCUGAUGUCCCUCUUGUAUCAAAUGAGAAAUGCCAACAACAGAUGCCAGAAUAUAACAUCACAGAAAAUAUGGUUUGUGCAGGCUAUGACGAAGGAGGAGUAGAUUCCUGUCAGGGGGAUUCAGGAGGGCCAUUAAUGUGCCAAGAAAACAGCAGAUGGUUCCUGGCUGGUGUGACGUCAUUUGGAUACCAAUGUGCACGGCCUAAUCGCCCAGGGGUGUAUGUCCGGGUCUCCAGGUUCACAGAAUGGAUACAGAGUUUUCUGUAUUAGAGUGUUUCCUAAACCAGGCAUGAAAAUCAGGCAGUUUUUCCAUUCCACUCUAAGAACAUGGCAAUUGAGAGUUUUGUAAAAAAUAGUUACUAAAAGCCUUUAUUCUUACCUAAGCCACUGAAAU